ACUUCAGGCUGUGGGGAAAUGGCGGUAUUCGGAUUCGGCCUGGCUUUAACCCAUUACCGGCGAUCUCCACUCACUGGCGAAAACAAAAACGGCCGAAACCGGACGCUAAAAGGCCAGCGGAUAGACUUCGUACCAGAGCGGGCACCCGCUGUUAUUGAGGAGAAGGAAGGGAGAGCGGGGAGUGCCGCGGAGCCCGGGAGUACUGGGAGAGGCCUGUGCUGAUGGAGAACGGGUAGAGUAAGCACAAAUGUUCGCUCGGGCCUCCUCCGGGCCUGAACGUGGAACAAGCGACACGCCAGCCGUGCUGGACGAGUAGCAGCAGCUGAUCAUUGGAGAAGCUGGAGGAGCAGGCCAUUCACUAUGGAGAGGACCUCCAUUUAGAUGAUGAUCUUGUCGGCGGCUUUCAUUCAUGUGACAGUGAUGAUGACGAUAGAACUUCCCAUGCCAGCUCGAGCGACUGGACUCCCAAGCCUUGCAUAGGUCCUUACACAUUUGUUCAACGGCACCUAAUGAUGGGUACUGAUCCUAGGACCAUUCUGAAGGAUCUGCUUCCUGAUUCUGUUGCACCACCUGAUCUAGAUGAUAUGACACUUUGGCAAAUUGUGAUUAACAUACUGUCAGAUCCACCAAAAAGGAAAAAGCGCAAAGACAUUAAUACUAUUGAGGACGCUGUUAAACUUCUGCAAGAGAGCAAGAAAAUAAUGGUGUUAACUGGAGCUGGGGUUUCUGUCUCCUGUGGGAUCCCAGAUUUUAGAUCAAGGGAUGGAAUUUAUGCACGUCUGGCAGUGGAUUUUCCUGAUCUUCCAAAUCCUCAAGCCAUGUUUGAUAUUGAAUACUUUAGAAAGGACCCAAGACCAUUCUUUAAGUUUGCAAAGGAACUUUUUCCAGGGCAGUUUCAGCCAUCUCUCUGUCACAAGUUUAUUGCUAUGUUGGAUAAAGAGGGAAAGUUACUUCGAAAUUAUACUCAGAAUAUAGAUACACUGGAGCAAGUAGCAGGAAUUCAAAGAAUUAUCCAGUGUCAUGGAUCUUUUGCAAUGGCCUCUUGUCUAAUCUGCAAACACAAAGAAGACUGUGAAGCUGUCAGAGAGGAUAUAUUUAAUCAGGUUGUUCCACGAUGUCCUAGGUGUCCAACAGAAGAGCCCCUUGCAAUUAUGAAACCUGAUAUUGUAUUUUUCGGGGAGAAUUUGCCGGAACAAUUCCAUAGGGCAAUGAAAUAUGACAAGGAUGAGGUUGACCUUCUUAUUGUUAUUGGUUCCUCGCUGAAAGUGAGACCAGUUGCUUUAAUACCAAGUUCCAUCCCACACGAAGUGCCUCAAAUUUUGAUUAAUAGAGAGCCUUUGCCUCAUCUUCAUUUUGAUAUUGAACUGCUUGGAGACUGUGAUGUCAUUAUCAAUGAGCUAAGCCAGAGACUGGGCGGAGAGUAUGCAGAACUCUGUAGCAAUUCCUUGAAACUUACACAAAUCACAGAGAAACCUCCCCGGCCAAACAAAGUGCUUUCCAUUAUGCUAGAUGCACAAUCUAAGGCUUUGGGCACUGGCCAUGGUUUAGUCUCUCAAGAUGGCCUAGCUCACCCAGAAUUACCUUUGACCCCACCACUUGAAGACUGCUUGUCAUCGGAAAGUGACUCUGAACUUUCUCAAAGUUGUAAAGGAAAAAUUACUGUAGAUAGUAUAAAUGGUAGAGAAGUAUUUACACCACCAGAGCCUUCAGAACCUGUAAGUGAAACCCCAACCAGCAACACUGAAGAGCCAGAGAAAUGUGACAAUGAGAGCAGUAUUGAUCCGUCCAGGACAAGUUUGUCCAAAAUGGCAAAGGAGCAGAUAAGCAAACGCCUAGAUGGCACACAAUAUUUAUUUCUAUCCCCAAAUCGCUAUAUUUUCCAUGGUGCAGAAGUGUUCUCCGACUCUGACGACGACCUGUCAUCCAGCUCUUGUGGAACAAACAGUGACAGUGAAUCUUUACAGAGCCCAGGAUUACAGGAACCUGUAGAAGAAGACAGUGAAAAUGAAGAUUUCUACCCCAUUAAAUAUGAUCAUGACUCUGACACUGAAAAUAGGGCAGGCUUUGAGGAAGAGCCUGAAACUGCUGUAAUAUAUGAGAACAAUGAGAUUCUAGGUGAUGACAGUACAGACACAAAGUUAUAG